CAGGUGAAGAUAUCCCAAAAGGAAACCCCUCCUAAUUCCGUCAGAAUCUGGAUGGUGGGAGGCAAAUUCAUGUAUCACACAGUUUCUCUCGGGAAUGGCAGCGCGGGACCUCGCACCUACGAACGUUUUCAUUUUGCCACAGUCGGGUGGCCCGGUGGUACCCAUCCAUGACGACAGCCCCUAGGAUAAAAUGGGCUAGGGAAGCUAUUUCCAUUUUACGAAAAAGAAAAUCCACAACGGUCUACGUGGCCAAGCCUAAGUGUCGCGUCAACCGUGGAAGUGCGAGGAUGGUUGCAACUCUUGGCCCAACCUGGCCCGAUCCGAUAGCCCCUCCCAGGCUAUGCCGAGUCAGAUACUCGGCACUCUACGUCACGGCCCGUGCACCUCAAAACGAGAUCCAACAACAAGGCGAUCAGUCCGGCGACAAAUGGUACAGAUUACUACAAGUUAUAAAAGAACGACGGUUAAAAACGUGCAUAACGUUUGACGCAACUGGAUUUUCUCGGGAAUCGCGCUUUAUAAGAGUAAAUGGAAAUUGUAGGACGACCGGUUUCCAAAUAGUCCGUCCAACCGAUCGAAUGGACGGAUUUUAUUACGAUGUACCAAACAGAGCUCGCAAGGUACGUUCAACAGUCAACACUCACUCAUGCUCUGCAUUUCAUUUCACAGAAACAUUUCACCUUAGAAAACUGAGAACCCUAAGAAUCUGAAAAACCUAAGACCCCUAAGAAACCUAAGAAAACUGAGGUGAUUUAACAAAACGUGAGUUCGACGCCGUGACGAGUCGACGUCGUGUCUGUUCGACGAAGUGAGAGUCGACGAUGGCGGGCCAACCUUGCGGCUCGGCUUUUGCAGUACUAUAACUUAUGCGCUUAUUGCGCGGAGGUGCGAUUAUUCCGGGGGGUGCUACUAUUUUUUAAACAAUAAAUUUCAGAGGGACCAUUAUUUUUACUAUUAAUUUUUUUAAACAGCAGCACAUCCUGCUCUAAAACUGAACGCAGUGGUUGCCACUGGUUACCGGGUAUACGGCGAUGCUAGCUAUAAGCUUCGCGCUGCAUCCCGGUACUGUAUCUGUAAAGACUGAAUGCAACUGCUUGCCAACUUUCACCGCCUCGUUUUUCUGACCGUUUAUCGACUUUUAUUACCGGCUUAUUGGGCUUGACAUUUAAUAAGAGCACCCGGUGCUGUAAUUUCGCCGAUUUUCUUCAGUUUUAUUUAAGUAUUUAUGUUUCAUAAAAUGCUGCUUAUCCGACGAUUCAUACUUUUAUCGACAUUUUCAACUGAAAUUCAAAGACUCACGGAACACUGGACCACAAACCAAGCAAAAGAAGCACAAAAAAUCACCCUUCCAUUAUGAACUUAAAACUGCAAUUUAAACCCUUCGGGCUUUGGGAUCGGUUUGAUCGCCGGCAACUCCACUGGUUUCUGCGCCGGAUUAAUCCUGUCCAGCCGCUGCACCGUCGCCGGCCACAUACUGUAAUCGGCCCAUACUCUAGAGCAUACCAUUGCCCAACUGCAGCAGACCCUCCCCGCCCACCACAACCGGCAGCACAUCUCCAUCAGCGCAUCCAACGCACAAAAAAUGAAUGCUUAAAAUCCUUGAGUUGAGUCGGAAUGUCGCUGAGCAGCGUCAGCAGGCGGUACAGCAGCCCGGCAUCCCGCUCGCGGCGAGCCUCCUUCCGAAUGGUGGUGCACUGAUCCGGAAUCAGGCGUUUGACAC